AGUGGGCGGAGGCAAUAAGGGCGGAUAAGAGAGGAUAGAGGACACCUGUAUUAUAAUAUCGUCCUACUGCUCUGAAGCCAAGUUUGUACUUUAGAAAGCGUUGUCUUAAGGAACAAACCCCUUAAACAACAACACCAACGAAUUUAUAUUCUUUAUAAUAAUCAUUUCAUUUGCAACACAACGAGCUCUAGUGAUUUUUUUUUUUCUCCCCCUUCGUUUUGUGUUGGAAAUUCACAAAUACGAAAAGAAGAGACUUAAAAGAAGGACAAAGUCAUUUUGUUUAAUAAAGUCUACAUUUCCAAGGCAGAGCCACAACCACAACCAGGCGAAUCACAAAACCAAGGAAUACCAGACGAGGACUCGGUGACGUAGUUUUCUUCUUGAAAAUUUUGAAGAGAAUAACUAGGAAGAAAAAUGCCUGGACGCAAUACAAAUUCUGCCGACAACGUGUUUAUGAUUUCACUAUGUGUGGGGCUGGCCUUGCUCAUUGUCCGUGUGUCUGGCCAAUCAUGUGGAAGUCCAGGAGAGAUACUUAAUGGACGCUUUAAUACUGAUGAGGGUGUUCUUUUUGGAGCCAAGGCUUAUGCAGUUUGUGAUGAAGGAUUCCAGUUGGCAGGCAAUGGUGUCAGAAACUGUCGCGCUGCUGGCUGGGACGGUGACAUUCCUAUAUGUGAAAUUGUUAGGUGUCCAAACCCUCUAGAGAUUGUAAAUGGUGAAAUCACAAACCCACCUCAUAGAACUGUCACAUUUGGCACAGUUAUUAUCUACAAGUGUAAUGAAGGGGUUCUGGUGGGUAAUAGGGAGCUUGUUUGCACCAAAUAUGGAAACUACAGUAGUGCUCCUCCAGCAUGUAAAGAUCAUAAUGGCUGCCGUUCUGUUCAAGUGGAGAAUGGCUAUAAGACAGCUGGAUUUGGACCUGAUUAUAACUAUGGGGAUUUCAUUGCCUUUGCUUGUAAUCCUGGGUAUAUUCUCAGUGGCACUGACACUGUUACAUGUGGAAUAAAUGAAAUUUGGGAACCUGAACUUCCUGCUUGCCAAAAAGCUCCAACAACAACCACCACCACCACAACCACCACCACAGAAGUGCCUCCAACACCCUCUCCAGGACGAUGUGGUAAAACAUGUGGAAUCAUUCUUGGUGUAUUUGCUGCUGUCAUAUUGGUGAUUCUUACUGUUCUAGUCUAUUGCCUGUGUUUCAGAAAUAAGAAUGGCUCAUACCAUACUACAGGAAAUCAUGAAUUGAACUCCGCUAUUAAAGAUGACUGCUGAGCAACACAAAAAUUAUUGCGAUUUAAUUUAAAAAGGAAAUCCUCUUCUCCACCUGGCACUGCUGCUGCUUAUUAAAUUAAUGCCGUUCAGCUGAAAAGGAUUCUCUCCAGUUGUGUGAAUCAAUACAGGCACUAUGAUCUGAUUUUAUUUUUUUCACUGAAAAUUCAAUUGUGUGCACCACUCGCUUUCAGCAAUACAGUAGUAGGGGCUGGAGUUUGAAAUAAAUAGUUUAUUAGCUGUUCCAUUUGAUACCAUCUGAAAAUGUUUAUAUAUAUACACUGCUGUGCAAAAGUCUUGGAAACAUUCAGGAGUUGCAAUGUAUAUGGAUGUUGUGAGCAUCAGCGGUUUACUCCGGGCCUUUGACUGUUGUUGAUGCAGCUUGGUUUGGGUGGGGGAGGCCAGGCUUGUCGGUUUGUGUUGAUCGGGGUCUUCAAGAACUUGUAAUCACGGCAGCUCAGGGUGAACUGUGCAUGGGCAGCUGAUGUGAGGUGUUGUGGUGGCAAGUCCAUCACAUUUAGUCAGAGGUUCUCAAUAGGGAGGGCUCACCUCCUAGGAGGGGAGCGAAGGAAUCAAGGGGGGGUGCGAGAAGCAUCCAAAAAAAAAAAAUCCUUUAAAUUGACGUAAGGCACGGCAGGAUCAAAUAAACAAUGCGCGAUCGAGACGUGAAAAAUACAAAGAGUAGAAACAUGCAGAAAUGAAACAGACUUUUGCACAGCAGUAUAUAUGUGUACAAUUCCCAUCAGUGUAAAUCCAACAUUGUAUAUCUUUCUGCAUUGGCACUUUUCUCAGUAUAAGGAGUAUAAUAGGUCUGUGCUAAUAUUGGCCUUUCAUAAAAGUUUAUAUAUAUAUAAUAAACUAUGCUACCCAGCUCCUGGUCCAGGCCCUGGUACUCUCCCGCCUAGACUACUGCAACUCCCUCCUGGCUGGCCUCCCUGCGUCCGCCACCCGUCCGCUCCAGCUCAUCCAGAACUCUGCUGCUCGCCUGGUGUUCUCUCUACCUCGCUUCGCCCACGCUACUCCACUACUCCGCUCGCUCCACUGGCUCCCGAUCACCGCUCGCAUCCAGUUCAAGACUCUUGUACUAGCCUACAGAUGCCUUGAUCAGACUGCACCCAGCUACCUCCAGACCCUCAUCUCUCCCUACACCCCCACUCGACCUCUCCGCUCCGCCUGCACUAGAAGACUGGCUCUACCUCCGCUACGCUCCCCUGCCUCCCGAGCCCGCUCCUUCUCCACCCUUGCUCCGCAGUGGUGGAACGACCUUCCUACAGAUGUCAGGACUGCCCAGUCCCUGACCACAUUCCGGCGCCUCCUUAAGACUCACCUCUUCAAACAGCACCUGUAGAACUCCUCUGUUGUAUCCUGGGACACUAUCACCCUUCAUUUAAAUAUGCUUUAUUUUGCUCUUAUCUGCCCCCUAUUUUACUGCAUUUAAUCCUGUACCUCAGAAUAUUGUAAUCUCCCAAGUGUUUAAUCUGUAGUAUUUUGUACUUAAUCAUAUCCUGAUGUAACUAUCACUACUUAAUCAUAUCCUGAUGUAACUUUCACUAUUAUCUGCUGUAUUAUUGAAUUGUGGUUUGUCACACUUGAGAAUUAUUGUAUUUCUUGUUCUUAUUGUAUGACUUAUAUUGUAACACUUGAAUGUAUUUGUAUUUGCUUGCGAUUGUAAGUCGCCCUGGAUAAGGGCGUCUGCUAAGAAAUAAAUAAUAAUAAUAAUAAUUAUAAAGCAACAUUAAGAGAUUUUGUAAUCAUGUAAACUGGAAAAUAUUUGUGCAGCUUUAGAUAAAAAAAAGCCUUAAAAAAAAAAAAAUAUAUAUAUAUAUAUAUAGAGAGAGAGAUAUAUAGAGAGAGAGAGAGCGAGAGAGAGAGAGAGAGAUAUGUGUUGUGUAAAAUUACUGGAAUUUUAUAUGAACACUAUUUUUGAAAGAUUGUGAAAAGAGUUUGUCAGUUUGAAUUGUAUUCUUCUGUUGGCUCAAUAUCCAAUAUCCCUGUACAUCACAUGCCAACCUAAUGCACUGUGCCGUAAUUCAGAUCAAAUGUGUCUUAUUCUGUUUGUGAACGGGGGGAGGGAGGAAGGGUGGAAGGGUACAACCACCGGCUAAGGGCAUUUGAAAUGUCCACUCAGGGAUCUUGCAUAUUUAGCUUUUCACCGAAUCAUCACUUUGCUUUUGAGAAAUCUUUUUAUUCUUCUCUGUACUGCUUUAAUAAAAAUGGGUUUAAAAAAUAAAAA